AUGGCUACUAGGUUGUCCGGCGUGUUCACAAUCACGAAUGCUUUCCAUUCUAAUAGAGUGGCAAUGUUAAACGACAAUGAUGCAGAGCCAUUGUUCUGCGUUGUGCCCUUGCUCGAGGUUUCCAAGGCGGAGCUGUGGACGCUGAUACCAAGCACUGCCGGUCGACAUCAACUCAGAAACAUGGGGUUCGAAUCGAGGGGCUUUCCUCGUCCCUCAUAUGGCGUGGACCCACAAGUGGUGGUUGGAUCGAGUAGCGAGUGCUGGUGGUUUAUUGAGAGAGUGGCAGGAGCGAGGUCGAAACCAGAUACCUAUUUUAUCCGGCAUAACGAGAGAAGAGAGCUUUGCUGGCGUCUCGAUGACGGGUCACCAAAGACUCCGAUAGAGCUUCUAGACGACCCCGGACACCCUCGAAACAUAUGGCAGAUUGUGCCACAUGUUGAUUUCGAUUCGGAUAGUAACACAAGUAGUCCGUCACAGAUGCCAUUAGUGGAUUCCAAUCCUGUCGUUGACGCAACCAUAGACCAUAAUGCAUCCGUGCUGCCCGCAAUGGACAUCCUCAAGUGUUUAUCUGAGACGACUCGUGUGCAUCUCCCUCAUCAUCUUGAGCUGCUGAAUCAGCUCACAGACGCAACAGGGGCCGUUCCAUCACCGAAAAUGCAACCCCGCCUCUUCGCGCUCAUUAUUGGAAUCGACAAGCACAAAGCCACAUCUAUCACAAACCUGUCGGGCGCAGCUCGUGACGCUGAUACAGUCCGAGAUUAUCUGCAGGAACAGCUUGGGGUUCCAAGUUUCCAAAUCCGGAAUCUCCGCGACGGCCAGGCUACGCGAGCUGCGAUCCUUCGCGGGAUUCAUGGGUUCUUGGAUGACGAGCGCAUUCGGAAAGGAGAUCCCAUCCUGAUAUACUAUGCUGGACAUUGUGCAACGUCUGUCGCUCCUACAGACUGGGACACCGCAGGGGCCGAGAUCCAACUCCUGGUGCCGUAUGACCAGUCAGACAAUGGCCAAAAGGGCUGCAAAGUCCACGGAAUCCCAAAUCGCACGUUAGGCGCUCUGCUCGUACGGCUCGCCGCAAAUAAGGGUGAUAACAUUUGCGUUGUCUUAGAUUGCUGCCAUUCCGGGGCCGGUACACGUGAGCAUGGCGGCGAGUCUGCCCAUGUAUAUGGACGUAUCGAGGUCGAAGCAAUCCCCUCUGACCUGGAUGAAGAUUUAUGGAAUAGUCUCCAACCAGAAGAGCGUGAAACGGCAGCCGCUACUAGCUUUUCCUAUGAUGACACUGGCUUCCGAUGUCAUGUACUUCUUGCUUCACCUAGCGCAGAAGAUCCUGCUAGGGAGACAAGCGAAAGCGGGCUCUUCACGAGAACACCCAUCGAUGCCCCUGUGAAAGAUGAAGCACAUGGACUCAAGUACACAGGUGUCGUUCAACGGAUGGCUCGUUUGCCUGCCGAAGUCCAAUCGUUUCGUGCAGACAAAGUUCGUGAUAUCUCAAUCGUCGAGCCUCGCCGUGCGCUUUGUGCCGAGUCGGAGAAAAGUGACACUGUAUCAGUCAACGAUGUGGUGCACGGUAAGACACAGCGGGAGAAGCAGAGGAGAGUAGAGGAACGAGAGAUAUACACCCCGGUUCUCAACCAAUCCGUGGACAUUGCAGAUAUGGUCAGAUCGAUCUCUAUCCGGGACGAUGAGGUGAAAUCAACUCCUGAAAGCAACCUCGACAAGUGUUCUCAUCUGGAUAAUCUUGGGCAUAAGUUUUUUAGCCGCUUCGAGCGGCUGGGAAACAUCGAAGACAUUUACCGUUCAAUUUCGAUUCACGAAGAGGCUGUACAGCUCUCCCCUGACGAUGACCCCGGCAAGCCUAUUCGUUUGAACAGGCUCGGAUGCUCUUUGUUAUGCCGCUUCGAGCGGCUGGACAAUAUCGAAGAUAUUCACCGUUCAAUUUCGAUUCACGAAGACGCUGUACAGCUUUCCCCUAGUGGAGACCCCGGCAAGCCUACUCGUUUGAACAGCCUUGGAUGCUCUUUGCUAUGCCGCUUCGAGCGACUAGGAAACCUCAGAGACAUUCAUCGCUCAAUUUCAAUGCACGAGGAUGCCGUACAGCUCUCCCUUAACGGUGACCACGAAAAGCUUACUCGUUUGAACAGCCUCGGACUCUCUUUGUUUGCCCGUUUCAGUCGGCUCGAUAAUCUCAAGGACAUUCACCGCUCGAUUUUGAUGCACGAAGAUGUCAUACAGCUCUCCCUUGACAGCGACCCUGAUAAGCCAUCUCGUUUAAAUCACCUCGGAUACUUGUUUUUAACCCGCUUCAAGCGACUGGGUAACCUAAAGGACAUCCAUCGCUCAAUUUCACUGCGCGAACAUGCCGUACAACUCUGUCUUAACAGCCAUCCUAAAAAACCUCAUUUUCUAAAAAAGCUCGGUGUCUCUUUGUUCGUUCGCUUUGAGGAACUGGGUAACCUUAAGGACAUUCACUACUCAAUCUCGAUGCUAGAAGAUGCCGUACGGCUCUCCCCUGACAGCGACUGUGACAAGCCUUCUCGUCUAAACUACCUCGAAUACUUGCUUUUCAACCGCUUCAAGCGGCUAGGUAACCCUGCAGACAUCCACUCUUCGAUUUCGAUGCAUAAACACGCUCUGCAGCUCUCCCCUGGCAAGUCUGCUUAUUUGGACGAUCUCAACCGUUCGUUGUCGAUCCGCUCUAAGCGGCUAGGUCGUCCGAGGAAGUGA